AUGGCUGCUCACGUGGCAGGCCCAGGAGGACGCAAAUUUACCGUAUCUUGGCAGAGAAGACGUUGUGAACACCAUAAUUUCGUACCUAUCCCUAGCUCCAUCACCCGAUUAUCGUAUUGGGCGAGUUCUCCGGCGCCUUGGCUUGCUCCCGCUUGUCCAUCGACUCUCUUCUUUCCAUGCAAUUUCACACUCGCGUUUUGCACACAUUGUGCAUUGUUCCAUGUAGAGUGGUUCGUUAUGCCAAGCGAUGUGGCCGAUGCGAAAGAGCUGCGGAAUUUGGACGCGAAGUACUCA